AUGGAGUUUAUUAAUUCUAAUUUCCCUCAAGGGUUAUGUGUUUUGGCAGUUGAUGAUAACCCCGUCUGCCUAAAGUUUCUUGAGGGAUUACUCAAACAAUGUUGUUAUGAAGUAACUACAACACCGUCCGCGGAGUUUGCUAUUGAUUUAGUAAGAAAGAACAAGGAAAACUUCGAUAUCAUUAUAACAGAUAUAGAAACGGAUCAAAGGAAUGGAUUCAUGCUACUGAAAACUAUCGCUCUCGAAAUGGGAUUACCAGUACUUAUGGUGUCUCCCGAUAACGACCGUGAAACAUUGCUGAAAGGCAUAAAGCAUGGUGCGUCUGGGUAUCUAGUUAAGCCACCGUCACUUAAACAGAUUCAAAAUAUAGGGCAACUUGUGCUUACACACAAGAAAACUAAAUCUAUAUUGAGUAAGAUAUUGAAAAAAAGAGAAAUCCGAAAUAGAAUGAAGAAAUACCUCUCUGAUCUUAAAGCUAAUUGCCCGGGGACGAGUCAAAUAAGUCAUCUUGGUGUAACUCUUGAUGCCUCGAUACAUUCGGUUGUUACUCCACAGCCACAUCUUCUUCCUUCUGCUCACUCUACUGGUUCAGGUAAGAGAUCGUUCAUCGAUAUUGAACAUUUGCGUGCAUUUGUGUGGUGA